GAAUGCCGGCCAUGCAGGGUACGCUGUCUCUGCGUGGACUGCAGGUCUUAAGGGCUCUGGUUCUGCCGGUCUUGUGGGCCCUGGUUCUGCCCAUAGUUUGUGCCCAUGCGGACACCAUGGUGAACAUGAGGAAGGUGACUCACCAGGCCGUCAGUGAGGAGCUCUCCCACACGGUGAUGCUGCCCUGCCUCUUCACGCUGCGGAGCUCCGCGGGUCUGAGCGGCCACGAGCCGCCCAGGAUCAAGUGGACCAAGGUGUGGGGGCCGCGGGGCUCCGACGGCCAGCAGAAGGAGCAGGCGGUCCUGGUUGCCAAGGACAACGUGGUGAAGGUGAAGAAGGCCUUCCAGGGUCGUGUCACCUUGCCGGGUUACCACGUCAACCGCUACAACGCCAGCCUGGCGCUGAAGGGCCUGCGGUCGAGUGGACUCUGGCCUGUACCGCUGCGAGGUAGUGGUGGGCAUCAACGACGAGCAGGACACGGUGCCUCUGGAGGUCACAGGUGAGCACCGGACGCGCAGG